UCUGGGCUGGUCGCGUGUGUGUGCCCCGGGGGUGCGCUCCCGGAGCCUGCAGGCCUCGCACAGCUCAGGGACUGAGAGCCGCGCGGGCGUGCGGGCAGCCCCGAGCGACUAUCCCGCGGAGCCGUCGAGGCGAGGCCUCCAGGAGCGCGCGGCGGGCCCGACGACUGGCCGGGAUGGCGGCGGCGGCGGCGGGCGCGGGCCCCGGGGUUGCCGUCCCCGUGCCGCUGCGGCGCGAGCGGCCCAUGGUGUGCGUGGAGUACCCGGGCGUGGUGCGCGACGUGUCCAGGAUGCUGCAGACCCUGGGCGGCGAGGAAGGCGUCUCCCGGAUCUACGCGGACCCCACCAGGAGGCUGGAGCUGUACUUCCGGCCCAAGGACCCCUACUGCCACCCCGUGUGUGCCAACCGCUUCAGUACCAGCAGCCUGCUGCUGCGGAUCAAGAGGAAGACGAGGCGGCAGAGCGGGGCGCCGGGGCCUGAGGCUCGCCCCAAGGUCAUGUUUGACAUAGAGAGCCUUGGCAUCGUCUCCACCGUUUACAAAUUUCAAGGGAUGUCUGACUUCCAGUACCUGGCCGUGCACACGGAGGCGGGCGGCAGGCAGAUGUCCAUGUAUAGCAAGGUGCUCAUGCUGAAGCCUGAGAAGGAGAGCUUCUUCCACCAGGACCUGCCGCUCUACAUCCCCCCGCCCAUCUUCUCCAGGCUGGACACCCCUGUGGACUACUCCUACCGCCCGGAGACUCAGCACCGGGAAGGCUACAACAACCCCCCCAUCUCAGGCGAGAACCUGAUUGGCCUGAGCAGGGCCCGGCGCCCCCACAACGCCAUCUUUGUCAACUUCGAGGGGGACGAGGUGCCCGAGCAGCCGCUAGACGCCGCAGUCCAGACGUGGAGGAAGGUCUGCACCAACCCCAUAGACCACAAGGUGGAGGAGGACCUGAGAAAGCUGUUUGAAAUCCGUCCCAUCUGGUCACGUAACGCCGUCAAGGCCAACAUCAGCGUCCACCCAGACAAGCUCAAGGUCUUGCUGCCCUUCAUGGCCUAUUACAUGAUAACAGGCCCCUGGAGAAGCCUGUGGAUCCGAUUCGGGUACGACCCCCGAAAACACCCAGACGCCAAGGUUUAUCAGGUCCUUGACUUCCGAAUCCGCUGUGGAAUGAAAUAUGGUUACGCUCCCAGUGACAUGCCCGUCAAGGCCAAGCGCAGCACCUACAACUACAGCCUCCCCAUCACCGUCAAAAAGACAGGCAGCCAGCUCGUCGCCAUGCGUGACCUGCAGCAGGGCCUGGGUUCCUCUGGGUCAGCCAGUGCACGCAAGUUGGCCUCCAACAAGUACAAGCUCAAGGACUCGGUCUACAUCUUCCGGGAGGGGGCCCUGCCGCCGUACCGACAGAUGUUCUACCAGUUUUGCGACUUGAAUGUGGAAGAGCUGCAGAAGCUCAUCCACCGCAAUGACGGGGCUGAGAGUUUCUGCACAGAGCGCGACGGCUGGUGCCUCCCCAAGACCAGCGACGACCUGAGGGAUGCGAUGUCCCUCAUGAUCCGGCAGACGAUCCGCUCCAAGAGGCCUGGAGCCAGCCCUGGGACACACGCGGCCUUGUCUUUUGGCCCAGCUCUCUUCUCCAGCCCGACCAAAGCUGACAGUGGGAAAGAGCAGCUGACCUGUGAAUCCGGGGAGGAUGAGGAGGAGGAGGAGGAUGAAGAGGAGGAGGAGGACUUCAAGCCAUCGGAUGGGAGUGAGAACGAGAUGGAGACGGAGAUUCUGGACUACGUGUGAUACCAGCCGUGGGCCCAAGGCCGGUGCCCGACCAGGCCUGAUGAGGGAGCCGGGACGAGCCAGGACGGGCUCGACGGCCCCUCUGAGGAGAGCAGGCAAGUGCGGCUGGCCCUGGCCCUGCCCGGGGCUGCCCUCCGGGCCUGGGCACUUGUGGACAUCCCGAAGACUGUGCCCUGGCUUCACACAGCCACGAGCCAGCCCAGUGUCCAGCGGGCUGGGCCGGCGCCCAGCACCUCCCUUUGGCUGAGACCCACAAGGUGGGAGGUGGAGAUGCUGCGGCGGGGGAGGGGCCAGCCCUGGCUGCGGCUCAGGCUGGAGGCAAGGACGGGGUGAGAGGCCUGGUCCCUGGUCACAGGUGGCCAAGACCGUCUUUGUGUUUGGACCCCAUCCAUUUGGCGUAACCUGGCAAAGGGCAGACCCAGCUGGAACUGGCCUAUUAUACACGUUCCCAAGGAGUCUUGGUGUUUCAGUGGGAGUGUUGGAGCCAGAGAGCGGUUUCCUCUUGCCUCGGGGCUUGGGCUCUGGCUGGACAUCGUUUGCUCCUUCAGUCGUUCAUUCAUUGACCUCGGGGGGGUGAUGCAGGGAUGGUGGAGGACAGGCCUGGUGGCCCUCGCCAGCUGGGCCAGGUAAUUCCAGCCUCGGCCCUACAGCCUCGUGUUCAUCCCUUCCUGUUCCAAAUGGAUGUGUUCUUGAGAGGGUCACGGGAGACAGGCGCUGUCUCAGGGCUGCCUGGUGUGGAAGCGGAGACCAUGCAGGGUCCCUGGGUGGGGCUGAACCUACCCUCCCCACAUGCUCCCUGAGCCAGAGAUGAGCCCCGUCAGCCCCUUUCUCAGCCAGCAGCCUGGGCCACAGCGUGUGACCACAAGUUCCAAAGUCAAACAGAAGCCCCCCUCCCACGACAGACCACAGACCCCAGUGACUCACCGUUGGCCCGAAGUGGUCAGUCCUGGGAACCUGCCUUGUAGAGCUGACCGCUCUGACGUGCCUCUCCCUGCUGCUGGGGGCGAGGCGCGGCUGCCACCGCCAGAAGCCACUCUUCCCUGGAGAUGAGCUGGGCCUUCCCCCUUCCCUCCCUUCGAACACUUGCCUUCGGAGGCUGCAGUCUCUGCUGGUGGAUCUCAGCUGGGGCUGGUCCACUUCUGAGCCACGCUGAACACGUUCUGAGCCACACUGCUAACCUCAAAGCUCAGGGGAGAGGGUAUGGGUUCUGGGCCCCUUCUGGAAGCCGCCUUGGUCCCUGAGCAGAGCUGAGAAAGGCCUGUCUGGGGCAGGGACGCUCCCUCUGUGGCUAAGCCCCACCUUACCCAGAGCCUGCUUUCUGUGUGCCAAACUGAACAGGUUCUUGAAAAGUAUUUGGUGAUUCCCUACUUAGAAACACCCCCUCAAAACAAAACAAAACAAAAACCAAAACCCCUUUUAAAAAAGCAUUUUAUUAUGGAAAAUAGCAAAUAUGCCCCCAAGUACUGAGUACUGUAGAAUAAGCCCCUAUUUAUCCAUCAUAUGGCUUUACCAAGCUACCGUCUACCAAACUUGUUGCACCUAUUCCCCAGAUUUUUGUUUUGUUUCGUAUUUGUGUUUUGCUGUAAUUGUAAGGAAAUCCCAUACUUCAGUGUGUGUCUCUAACACAUCAGGACUUUUUGUUUUAAAAACACAGUAACGCUGUCUGGGACUUCCUCGCUGGUGCAGUGGUUAAGAUUCCGCGCUCCCAAUGCAUGGGUCCUGGGUUCGAACUAGAUCCCACGUGCAUGCCCAACAGAGUUGCCAUGCUGUAACUAAGGAGCCUGCAUGCCGCAACUAGGGAGCCCGCCUUCCACAACUAAGACCCAGUGCAACCAAAUAAAUAACUAAAUAUAUCUAAAAAGUAAAAAAAUAUAAACAGUAAUGCUGUCAUUACACCUAACAAAUUAACAGCAACUCAGCUUCGAAUGUGCCCAUGAGGUUGGAAGGCACCGUUGUCUGCUGGGUCCCUUUAGUGACCUGAGCACUGAUUGACCAACAGGCCCAGUGUUGCCACCCUCAUCCACUGGCCUCACUUAUGGCUCCAUAGCAAUGACCCAUGAUGACCAGGGGGACGCUUUUAGCUUUGUAAUGAUUUGUUUCAGUCAAUCGCAGACAUGCUUUUUGUUGCCCUACUUGUCUCAUCUUUGGCCUGAGAGCAGCCCCAGGUUGGGUCCUGUGUCCUUUGACACACCCUCUGGUCUUCAAUGCCUUCUUGGCUUCCAGCUGCCAUGGUGGCCCAGGCUCCUCCACUGCAUUUCCUCUCUUAGACUCAGCCUAACCAUCGCUCCAGGGUGCCUCCUUCCUUGGUGUGGAAAAUGGUGUUUAGAUACCCCAGUCUGGGCACCAGGGGGUGCCUGUUGCUCCUGGGUUUUCUUUACCUCUAGGGCUUUGGAUUACAGAGCUAGGAAAUAGACAUUUUUUUACGAAGAAAAAAAUAAGUUGAGUUCAUACAGAUACUUCCCAAUUAAAAUGUAAGAUUAUAAGGUUUUACUUCUCUGCACAGCACGUGGGAUCUUAGUUCCCCGAACAGGGAUCAAACCCACACCCUCUGCACUGGAAGUGCAGAGUCUUAACCACUGGGCCACCAGGGAAGUUCCUCUCUGAUUUUACUCCUGUUUCUUUUUCCACCUAUGCUGAAAAUCUUAUACCACUACAGAAUUACUUUUUCUCCCAUAACAUAUAUAUUCAAAAUAGAAAAUAAGAUCACAUAAAUUAUCAAGAAUACACAUUUAAAUAACAAUGAUAAAUUACAUAAAGUAAUAUAUGAUAAAAUAAUAUGACCACUGAAAAUUGUUUAAGAUUGCUUUGCUCUUUCUCCUUAGGAUAAAUCCUGCUAUGAACAUAUAACAAUGCCUCCAAGUCACUUGACAUAACUGUUUUCUCUGCAGCUAGAACAUCUACUGAUAUAGUUAGGUUCCCUACAAUUUAAAAUGGACAUUUCUCUGCCUGACAAGAAAUUUCAUUUUAUAAAUUUAUUUUUUAUUUUUGGCUGUGUUGGGUCUUCGUUGCUGCAUGUGGGCUUUCUCUAGCUGUGGCAAGUGGGGGCUACUCUUCAUUUCGAUGCAUGAGCUUCUCAUUGCAGUGGCUUCUGUUGCAGAGCACAGGCCCUAGGCACGUGGGCUUCAGUAGUUGUGGCAUACAGGCUCAAUAGUUGCGGCUUGUGGGCUCUAGAGAGCAGGCUCAGUAGUUAUGGUGCGUGGGCUUAGUUGCUCUGCAACAUGUGGGAUCUUCCUGGACCAGGGCUCGAACCCAUGUCCCUGCAUUGGCAGCUGGAUUCUUAACCACUGUGGCACCAGGAAAGUCCUUGAAAACAAAUUUUAAAUGUUCCUGAUCAGGAAGUGUACACAAGCCUCUUAGAUAGCCUCAUCCACCAGAGGGCAGAGAGCAGUAUCAAGACGAACCAUAAUCCUGCAGGCUGUAGAAUGAAAACCACAGCCACAGAAAAACAGAGAAAAUGAAAAGACAGAGCACUUUGUAUCAGAUGAAGGAACGAGAUAAAACUCCAGAAAAAUAAAUGAAAUGGAGAUAGUCACCCUUCCAGAAAAGUAAUUCAGAAUAAUGAUAGUGAAGAUGAUCCAGGACUUUGAAAAAAGACUGAAUGCAAAGAUCAAAAAGAUGCAAGAAAAUUUUAACAAAGACCUAGAAGAAUUAAAGAACAAACAAGCAGAGAUAAGCAACACAAUAACUGAAAUGAAAAAUACACUAGAAGGAACCAAUAGCACAUUAACUGAGGCAGAAGGGCGAAUAAGUGACCUGGAAGGCAGAAGGGCGAAUAAGUGACCUGGAAGACAGAAUGGUGAAAAUCACUGAUGUGGAAAAGAAUAAAGAAAAAAAAAUGAGAAGAAAUGAAGACAGCCUAAGUGACCUCUGGGACAUUAAACGCACCAAUAUUCGCGUUAUAGGGGUCCCAGAACGAGAAGAGAGAAAGGACCUGAGGAAAUAUUGGAAGAGAUUAUAGUCAAAAACUUCCCUAACAUGGGAAAGGAAAUAGCCACCCAAGUCCAGGAAGCGCAGAGAGUCCCAGGCAGGAUAAACCCAAGGAGAAACAUGCCAAGACGUAGUCAAAUUGACAAAAAUUAAAGACAAAGAAAAAUUAUUAAAAGCCACAAGGGAAAAA